GAUGUCCCCGGAAGGCGUGCGCAGGCAAUCAAGGAGCACAGACAGCGGUUGGCAUGGGCGCACGCUCCGUCAUGCGUUGGUUUUCGGCGGACAAGCCGUUUGGUUUUCUUUAGCUUUGACACCAACCUGACUCGAGUAUCUUGUGCCUUGGCUACUGCUGUUGGAGCUGUCGGUCGUCUAAGAACUCGAGCAAGCAAAAGCCUCAUUUACCUUGGCUUCCUUGACCCUAAAAUGAUAUGCUUGCUGCUAGCAUCAUCAAUUGAAUGCAUGAUAUCUAGCAUAAGACGCGUUUGACCGGGGUCGACCAAGAAUGUGGCCCCGCGUCUUGCGGCUCCGUUGCCCUUUCGGCAUAUUCAUAAGCUAACUCAUAUGCAUAUCUACUUAUUAGAUUAGCAAGGCCCAUUGUCGGGGAAUGGCGAGCGACUUUGGCGAGCGCGGCCUGGACCGGCAAAUGCGCGUCAAGCUGUUUGUCAAGGAGGACUACGAGCCUUCUCGGACGUGUGAGAUCGAGGUACCGAUUGGCUGCGACUUCAAGCCCCUGCACGACACCGUGUCCGACACAAUCCUGGGUGGCGAAAGCGAGCGAUGGACGCUGCUCAAGGAGACGCGCACACCGCGCCUGGGGCCGGAUGGGGGUGGCCACAUCGAGGUGGCGCAGGAGUGGCAGAGCAGGAGCGCAGCGCUGUUCAGCCACCCCGCGGAGGACUGUGCGCCCGUGACCAGCGUGGGACCGGACGACCUGCGGGGCGGCGCUGACGUGUACGCGGUGAUGCUGGGGCAGGUCGCCAAGACGCCCAUCAACAGCUCGCAGGACUUGGCACGCUGGUGGGCCUCGCAUCCGCGGCCCGGCCCGCCGCUGCUAGCUGCCUGCUGCCGCCGCCUGUUGGCCAAGCUGCGGGUGGCGCCGGACCCAGCGCACGUGCCACCCCCUGCCGCGGCCCGGCUGCUGGCGGAGGGGCUGGCGGGGCUGCGGGAGCUGGCCACAGACAGGUGGUACGGCUCACGGCUGCCCACUGAGCUGCUGGACCAGGGGCUGAUGGCGGCACUCAGGUGGGAAAAGCACGCGCCGGCUGGCAAGCCGGCGCUUCUUGCGGGCGUGCUGGAGGCGGCGUCGGCCGCCACGUGGGCACUCGCCCUGUACGGCGGGCCGCGUGCCACGCUAGUCAGCUCGGGGGUUGUGAAGGAGCUGGUGGCGGCGCUGGCGAAAGCCCAGGCCUGGCGCACAGUGGCGCUUGCGCGUGGCGGCGCCGCUGCUGACGCUGCUGUCGCAGCACAGCAGCGGGAGGCGGCAGCGGCGCAGGAGGAGCUGGAUACGGCAGCGGCCGCGGCCGCGAAAGCGGAGGAGGAAGAGGCGGGCAAGCGGUCGGAUGGGCCGGACCUGGAUGCUGCCGUCGCAGCGGCGGACGCGGCGGCGGAUGCCGCCUUGCGGCAGCCGCUGCCGGACGUCACCUCGAUUUCGCUGUCGGACUGCUACGCGCCGCCGGCGGGCGAGGUGUCGUUGUCAACUGCCAACCGCUUGGCUUACAACUGCCUGGGGGCGCUGGGCGUGCUGGCUGUGGAUUCCAAGGCACGUGCCGCGUUCUUGGAGGCCGACCCCCAGCUGACUUUCCUCAUCACCGCAGCUUCCACUGACUUCCCAUGUCUGGCGGAGGUCCAGCACGACCUGGACGUCGCGGCCUGGCUGCGCCGCCAGACGCGCCGCGCCGCCGCCGACGGCGCUGCCGCGGAGCGGCGCCGGUGCCGCCGCGAGCAGCGCGCGGAGCGCCGCCGCCGCGCGGCGGAGGAGGCGCGCGAGCGCGCGGAGCGCGAGGCAGCGGAGGCGGCGGCUGCGGCGGAGCUGGAGGCGGAGCUGGCUCGGGAGGCGGAGGCGAUGGCGGCGGAGGACCCUGAGCUCGCGGCGCUCAUGGCGAACCGCAACCGCUCGCGCACACCCACGCCGCCGCCGGCAGGCAAGUCUCCCACACCGCCGCCCGGCCCCGGCGACGACGACGAAGCCGAGAGGGCGGGCAAGAACGACCAGGAAGGGGAGGAGGAGCAGGAGCAGGAGGAGGAGGAGCCUGAGUCGGAGGCAGAGCCGCCGACGCCGGACCCGUACCCGCUUCGAGACCCGGUGCCGACGGAAGAGGACCCGCGCAUACAGCAGGUGAUGGCGGCUGAGGCUUUGUAUUCCAUGCUGGGGCGCGAGCGCGGCGUGCGGCGUACCUUCGCCGCCGCCGGCGGCCUGGCGGCGCUGCAGCCGCUGCUGCUGUCGCCCAACGACGGCGUCGUCGUGGCCGCCGUCAGCGCGCUCGCCGCCUACGGCCGCGAUGUGGGUCAUGACCAUACCUCGGGCGUUGACAUGGUUGCAACGGCGGCGCCACCGCCGCCACCACCGCCGCCGCCAGAGGCGGCCAAGACGCCAUCGCUGGGGCCGGGCGCAGCGCCGCGGCGCAGCCUGGCGCCGGCGGCUGCGGCAGCAACUCCGGCGCCGCCCAAGCGCGACCCGGUGAUUGAGAAUGCGGGCGCGGUGGCGGCGGCGCUGGUGGCGACGCUGCCGCCGGUGCUGGAAGGAAUGCUGGUGCGGUACUCGAGCGGUGCGAGGGAGGUGGGCGGCGUCAUGCCCGGCGGUCCGCCUGCGCCGCCGCCACCGGAGGUGCCGGAGCCGCUGACGGCGCAGCCCUCCCGGGCCACCACCUUCGCCACGGUCGGUGGCCGCAGCGUGCGCUACGCCGUCAGCCGCAUGGAUAGCGGCGCCACCAGCAUCGCCACCGGCGUCAACGGCGCCGCCAGGGCAUACUCGCCCGUCGGCGCCGCCUCCACGCGGGCCGGCGCUGCGGCGGCGCCGCCUCCGCUGGCUCGCACCGUCACCAUUGCGCCACGGCACGCCGAGUCGCCUCAGGCCCUCUCCACCAUGCCCUCCACUCGGAGCCAGUAUACCUACUUGGCAGCCGGCGCUGGUGUCCCGAGCGACGACGCGGACGCAGCGGUGGUAGCAACGGGGCUGCGCGGCUGCUUCACCUCGCACAAGCUGGCGUAUGUCAUUGAGAUGACGUCGACGGCGCUGUGGGCAGCUGUGUCAGCAGAGCUGCGCGCAGCGGAGAUCAAGGCCGCGGCCGUUGCCGCCGCCAAGGCAGCAGCUGAGGCAGAGGCAGCCGCUGCGGCGGCUGCCGCCGCGGCACCGCCGCCCCCCGCGCCGCGGCUGUCUUCGUCCUCUGGCUUCAGCGAGUCCCUACUAGGAAACAUUGGCUCGCCCUCGACGGUGCCUGGCUUGAACCUGGGUGGUGGCGGCGCCGCCACCGCAGCGGCGCGGCCCUCGCCCACGGCCUCGCCGGCGCCCGGCGCCGCACCUGGCGGCGGCGGUGCCGUUGGUCCGGAUGCUGAUGCCGGAGAUGCGACGUCGCUAACGCCAGCGCUGCUACAGCAUAUUGCGCAGCUGGCUGUAGCAGCGGCCAAGCUGGUGUCUACGGAGCUGAUUGAGAUGCAGGCAGCACAGCGGGGCGAGGCAGCUGGUGGAACGGCACGCGGCUCUCGGCACGCUACGCAACAGAGCAGCACGGGGCGCACCGUUGGCGGCGGCAUGGUGGAUGGAGAUGCUACAGCCGAUGGCGGCGCUACGACCAGGGGCAGCAGUAGCGGCAGCCACAGCCACAUACUGGGGUCGCUGCACUCACUGCUGGGCUGCCUUUGCAUCGUCCAGGGCAACAACCGGUUGGUCCGCAACGAGUUCAAGAGCCUACUGGCCCGACACGCCACGCUGCGGCGCCUGCACACCCAGAAGGAGCUAGCGGAGGAGGAGAUGCAAGUGCUGCUGGACGAGAUGGAGCUGGCCCGCAAGCAGCCGGGGCGCUUCUUCUUUGAAGAGGAGGAGGAGGCCAAGCGGGAGGAGAAGAGGAACAAGAUCCGGCAGAUUGAGGCCGAGAUGCGCAAGCAGCUUCGCGCCAUCGCUGCUGCCGAGGACGCCCUGCAGGACAGCGCGGACAGCGCCGUACACGCCGUGGAGGAAACCCUGGCGUUACUGGCGUACGGCAGCGAUCUCAGGGGCGGCUCACACGGCGGUUACGGCGGCAGCAGCGCGGUGGGCGGGCCCGGGACCAGCACGGCCAAGAGCGUGGGCGGCGGCACGGCGGUGCCGCAGAGCCGGCAGGCGACGGAGGCGGGCGGUGUGGGCGACGGUGGCGAGGAGGAGGGCGAGGAGGCGCCGCCGCCCAUGCCGCACCCGCUGCCGCCGCCGCUAGAGGCGCAGUUGGGUCAUUGCCACCUGCUGGCCGCUGGCGUGAUACAGGCCAUGGCCGCCACGCUGCAGCCGGGAGCCGUGGACGCCGCCUUCGCCGCCGCCGCGCAGCUGCAGCGCAGCUGGGAGGCCGAGACCUCCGUCUCCGCCGCCGCCGAGGCGGCCGACGCCGCAGACGCGGCCGCUGCUGCCAACGGCGGCGACACACCCUCCGCCGAGGCCCUGGCGGCAGCCACCGCCGCCGCGGCACUUUACCAGGGCCCCUAUCGCGAGGCAAUCCUGGGCAGUGGUGUGAUGGAAAAGCUGCUGGCGGCGGCGGCGGCGCGAUAUACGGCUGCCAGCUCCGUACAGCACGGCAGCUACCACGCAGGUCCGGGGGGCGUGCCGCCGAGCGCUGCACACCUGUCGGCCACGGGCAGCGGGGGCACCGGCGGCCCUGGGAGCACAGGCCUGGCGUCGCGCGCGUCACGAGCACCAUCCAUUACGUCGUCGCUGUCGCGGAGAAUGAGCGGCGAAGGGCCGGGGCUGCCGCCCCCGCCUCCGCCGCCCGCCUCAAUGGGUGUGGCGUCGGAGGUGCGCGGCAAUGCGGGCGGUGGCGGCACCGGCCCCGGCACGGGGCCCGGCUCGGGGGCAACGGUUGGUGGCGGUGUGGCGGGCGGCUCGCCGACGCGGGUGCGGGUCAUGUCCGCGGGCACGCAGCAGGUGGACAACGCCACCGCAAUCCUUAUGCAGGUGACCUCGUGUGCGCUGAUGCACCUGGCCUCCACCGAGUGCGCCCUGGAGCCCCACCAGCUGGCAGCUGCCCUUACCUUCAUGCGGGCAGCCGCCCACCACGCGCCUUGUGCGCCGUACAUCGCAGCCGCGCUGUACAGCCUGGCACGACACGUGCCCAACCGCCGCGGCAUGGUGGAGGGAUUGGAGCCACCGCCGCCGCAGCCGUCGGGGCUGCGGGGCGCGAGCGGCGGCGGCGGCGGAGGGGCAGGCGCAGGCGCAGGCGGGACAAGCAGCGGCGGCGUUGCGGACGGGAAGCAGCGGCAGGGCAGUGUGGCGGGAGCAGCGCCAGGCGCGCAGUCGCCGGCGGGCGGGGCGAAGCGCGCAGGCGGCGCACCGGCGCCGCCGCCGGCGGUGCUGGGCAAGGAGGUGUGGGUGGAGGUGCUUGGGUCGCUGCUGCGGAACGUGCUGCUGCGCAUCCGCAAGACCGGCCAACAGCCGCGGCUGUCUGUAGCCGAGGUCCUGGGGCUUGGCGGCAUGCCACCGGCCGCAGCUGCCGCUGUCGGCUCCUUCUCCUCCUUGGGGGCGAACCCCUUUACCACAGGCGCCUCCAACGCAGCGGCGGCGACGGGCGCCUCUGCCGGCUCCGUUCCCACCCCAUCCACGCCGCUUGGGCACCAUGCCUCUCCCUUUGCGCACACGCCCACCUUCACCGCGGGCGCGGCGCUCGGCGGCGGCGCCUUUGCACAUGGCCCUGGCCUCGCUGGCCCUGCUGGCGUCGGUAACAUCAACGCCGGUCCUUCUGUUAGCAGCCUACGAAGCGCGCGCUUUCUGGUGAUGGCGUCUUGGCUACUGCUGCGUCAGUGGCUGGUGGAUAAGAUCAACCCCGUCAACCUCAUGACGUCGGCGGAGGGCGUGUACGCUCGCGGCGGCAUGAGCUGGUGGACGGUGCGCUUUGACGCAGACACGCCUCUGGAGCUUUCGGGCGAGGUGAUGGAAGCGCUGGGUCUGGUGGUGGAGGCGGCACAUGCCGCCGCCGCCGCGGCCGCCAGCGCCGCCGCUGCGGCCUCCGCCGCGGCAGCGGCGGCCGCCGCCGCCGACCCGCUCGGCCACAUGACCCACUUCGUCUCCUUCAACGGCGGCGACCCGGGUGUCUUUGGCGACGGCGGCGGCGGCGGCCGCCGCCACUCCUGGGCAAGUGCGGGUUUCAUGCCGCCGCGGCCAGACAGCGCUGGCCGCGGGGCGGCGGCCAACCUGCCGCCAGGAGUGGUGGGCGCUGCCGCGCUGCGGCGGUUGGCAACGCGGUGUGUGUGGAGUCUGAGCUCGGCGCACCCGGCGGUGGCCGGGGCACUGGUGGACCGCGGCAGUGGGGUGUUGGCGCUGGCAGCCAUGAGAGACGAGAGCGGCGCGGCGGACAGCGAGUUGCAGGCCCUGUGCUGCGGCUACCUGCUAGCCCUGGCCAACAAGACGCCGGAGCUGCUGCCGCCCCUGGGGGGCCUGGACGCCCUGGCCACAGCCCUGGUCACACUCAUAGAGCGAGCGCUGGCAGCCGGGGCCGCCUGGCCCUCGCAGCCCCACGCCUCCGCCUCCGGCGGCCACACGAACCAGCAGCACCAGCAGCACCCGUUGGUGCCGCCUGCGGCGGCGCACGAGGUGGACGGGCGCGGCGUUGACGUGUCACUGCUGGAGGCGGCGGUGCGCGGGCUGGCGUGGCUGGCGGGCAGCGGCAACGAGGGGCGGGUGGCGGUGACGGCGGCGCACGGCGUGCGGCGGCUGGUGGCGGUGGUGCGCGCCGACAAUGCGGCACUGGCGGCGGUGCGGGAGCGGCGGGAGGCGGACGGCACGCCCGACAGUGUGGGUCUGGAGGAGCUGAUCUGCCCGCUCCGGGCCAUCAACGACCUGCCCAUCACCGUGCCAGCCGCCCAGGCCGCGUCGCUUGCGGCGCUGCAGCCCCCAGCCCCGCCUACAUCGUCUCGGCCCGAGUCCCGGCCUCGCUCUCCCUCACUGGCCUCACGGCCCGUCUCUACCGCGCCUGCGGGCGCGCUGGCGCGCACCGCCUCCCGCGGCCCCGGCGGCGCGGGUCCGCCCGACCAGCUAAAACCCGGCUCCGGCAGCCGGCCAGGCACCAGCAGCGGCUACGCUGGCGCAGGCGCGGGCGCAGGCGGCAGCGCCCCCGCGUCUCGUCGCUCCGCCUCUCCGGCACUGCGCCCGCCCUCUUCGCCCUCGCCCUGCCCGCCCUCGCCCUCGAGAGCGGCGGCGCCGGGGCCACCCCAGCUAGAUGAGGAGCUGCUGGUAGCCAGCCGCCAGAGCGGCGACGCUGACGUGGGUCUCAUGGCAUUGUGGGGCCUGCUCAACCUUUCGGGUCACGAGCCGGCGCAGACCCGAAUCUGCCGCCACGGCCUCUACACGCUCAUGGCGGCGGUACACGGCUCCGCCGACCCGGCGCGCUCCGCCGCCGCGCGCGCCAUCCUCACCAACAUCCACUACCACCCCGGAAACGCCACAACGCUGUACAAGGCCGAGCUGAAGCUCAAGUACGCGGCCCUGGCGCGGCUGCUGCAGGAGGAGCAGGCAGCCAAGGAGGCAAAGGAAGCAGCACUGCGCCGCCUCGCUGCCUCCGCUAUGCCUGGGCUCAGCGGGAACGGCGCUGGAGGCGCGGCUGCAAGCAGCAACGGCGAUGGCGAGGCCGGGUCUGCGGGAGCGGGCCAGCGCCCCCAGUCGGCGGCUGCCAACCGGCCGCAGUCGGCGCACGGUCGCGCUGGCGGCCGCGGCGGUGGCCGCAAGUCGGCCACAGCCGAGCUCGCCAAGCAGCAGCUAGGGGUGCUGGCAGCAGCGGCGCGCGCAGCCGCCGACGCCGCUUCCGGCGGCGGUGCCGGCGCUGACGGCUUCGGUGCUGCGCUUGGCUCCCCAGCAGCAGCCCUGGGCGGCGGCCUGCCUGCCGUCGCGAGCCCCGUCGCCGCCUUCGGCAGUGCGCCAUCUCCGUCCAGCAAGCUCAACGUACGCGACAGCGCCGCCGGGGCGCAUGCCAUGAUGGCGACCCUGUCAGCGGCGCUCACGCACACCGAGCAAGGGGGCGCGGCGACGCCGCGUCGCGGCGGCCCCGCCGCCGGCAUGUCCGUGCUGCAGUCACCUGGCGGCCCCGCUGGUGGCCAGCUGGGCGGCGCGGGCGACAGCGCUGACGUGGAGGGCACCGGCGAUGAUUCCUUGGAUCCAGACGCCAUCGCGGCGCGGCUGCGCUUCCUGCAGUGGAUGGUGGACCCGACCGUGAAGGCUGGCAUUGAGGCUGUGGGGCCGCCCUCGCCGCUUGGCAGCAGCGGCGGUGGCGGCGGCUCCGUAGCCGAGACAUCGUGGGGCGCUGGCGCCGGCGGCGCGGCCAGCGUUGCCGGUGACAGCGACGCAGCGGCGGUGGCGGCGGCGGCCAUGGCGGCGGCGGGCGGCGACAGCGGCCUCAUGGCGACACUGACACUGGAUCCGGAGGAGCGAGCCUGGCUGGAGCUCAUGACGCGCAUGCAGCGCAACGAGGCGCGGGAGGAGGCCAAACACGCGGCCGGCAAGUUCAUGCGUGGCGUGCUGACGCGCUCGCUGGCCGCCGGCGCGCACAGCUUGUGGCGUGAGUCCGGCGGCGAGGGGGACGCCGCCGCGGAAGGCGCCGUCGCCGCUUUCGCUGGCGGCAGCCCUGCCGCCGGGCGGAACAACGCACGGCGGCUGGGAAGCGCAAGGCCGCGGCCGCUCAGCGGCGCCAGCGCGGCCGGCGGCAACCGGCCGCGGUCCGCCUCUGUGGGCCGUGCUCGGCCGGCGUCGGGAAUGCCGCCGCAUGCAAACGGCGCCGCCGCCGCCGCCGCACCGGACCCGCGUCGGCCGGGCUCAGGGCUUCGGCAGUCUAUGCCGGCGCCCUCUCUGGCGUGGCCGCCAGCAGCGCGCGCCAAUGCAGCUGCAGCCGGCGGCACCAGCGCGCGUGGGCCACCGCCUUCAGCAGCUGGGGCCGGCCCUGCGCCGUCGCCGCGGUUUGCCAACCUGCACGGCAUUCGCAACGCGCCCCGGCCGCACGGUCACGCACCGCAGCCGCACCAGCCGCGCCGGCCUUCGGGGAGCGGUGUUGUUGGCGACGUGCGGGAAGCACGGCGCAGUGUCGGCGCCGGAGGCAAGACGGCUCUGAGCGCCUUCUCGCUGAGUGCCAACCCCUGGGCACCGCACAUUCUGCGAUACGUGCAGGAGCCGAUGGGCAAUGCCGCCGCCUACGUGCCAGGCAUGGGCAGCACCACCGGCCGCGCGGAGCUAGCUGACCGGCUGCUCACAGCCACUGCGCCCGAGUACGUCACCGAAGACCUGGCGGGUCUCACGGAGCGGCUGAUGACGCUGACCAGCGACCGGCGCAAGCAGGAGGAGGAGGCGCGGCGGCAAAAGGAGAUCGCGGAGGCGCUGGCUGCGGAGGAGGAGGCGCGGGCGGAGGCGCGGCGGCGGCUGGGCAUGUCGCCGUCGGGUGUGUUUGUGCCGGUGGGCGACCUGGGCCUGGACGACGAGGACGACCCCUUCGACUUUGGGUUGAUGGGCGGCGUGGGCGGCGCCAGCGGCCGCUUCAGCCUGCGCGUGCCGGCGCUGGGGCUGGCGGCGGAGGGCUCCCAGCGCUCCAUCGCCACUGGGCCCCUCUCCGCACGUGCAGGUGCCACCAGCUUCCGCAUGGGCACGGGAUCCGCGCGCCCCACGCCGCGACUGGCAGCCACGACGGAGCUGGAGGGCAGCGCCGCAGACCUGGCGGCGGUGGAGGCGGCGGCGGCCGCAGCCGAGGCAGAGGCGGCGGCGGCGGCCGAGGCGGCGGAGGAGGAGUACGACGAUGGGGGCCCAGUAGAGCCGCGGGUAAUGGCGCUACGCGUUUCGCUGCUGCCGCCAGCACUGCUGGGCGGCGCGGCAGCGACGGGCGCCAUGCCCGAUGGCGGCUUUGAUGGCGCCGGCGACGCGGCCUCCCUCAUCGGCUCGACCGUCGCUGCAUCCGCCAUCAUUGCCGGCAGCAUCAUCCCCGCGCCGCCGUCAGUCAUCGCCGGCGGCGGCGCGCUGACGGCGGUGCCGCCGUCAUACCUGGGCAGCGGCGCCGGAGGUGGCGGCGCCGCCGGCUCGGUCGUGGCGGCGUCGCUGCUGACGGCGUCACAGGCGCCGUCGGGUCUGCCUCCCGCCUCCGCCGCCGGCCUGGUAUCUACGACCUCGCUGGAUGCCAUCGGCUCUGCGGAUCCAGCGCUGGCGUCAGCGCUGAGUAAUCCCGCGGACGGCUACCGCAAGCCGCACCUCGGGCUGGCGGCGCCGCCGGGCACGCGGCUGUCCACACUCAAGACGUCCAAGCCUCACAAGUCCGUGCUUGCAACCACGUCGACGGCGGCGGCCGGCAAGGCCCCCGGGGCCGGUGGCGCUGCUGGCGGGCUGGGCGCCCCCAGUGGCCUGGGGGCUGUCGAGGGCGCCGGUUUUGGGGCUGGCGUGGGAGAGGGCAGGUUUGCGGCGACGCCAGCGGCGGCGUCAUGGGUGGCGCCUGGAGAGGGCCUGGCACCCAUUGCCGAGGUGGUGCCCCGGCCCGUGACGGUGCUGGCCGGCAGCGUGGCGGACCUGCUGGCAGCAAAGCAGGCGCGCGAGCUGGAGGCGCAGAACCGCAUCCUGCGAGCCAAUGCCAUCGGCGGUGACGACCCCUUCCACGAGGGCGGCGCCACAUCGCCCAACGGCGGCGCCGCAGGCGGCAGCGGCCGCAACAGCAGCCCCAGCGGCGCGGGCGCCAGCGCCCGCACGCCGCGCGGCAGGACGGCGCUCUCCCGAGCCGUGUCCCGCGCCAAUGGCGGCGGCGGUGGCGGCGCAGCCGCCGCAGCGAACACUGGCGGCGCAGCCGCCAGCACAAGCGGCGGCGGCGCAGCCGCCGAAGGCGCUGGUGCCGCUGGCGAGGGCGGCGAGGACCCUGCUAUGCGGCUGUUCAAGCCGCAGCCGGUGGCGGUGCUGGUGGCCACGGGCGACGGCGGCACGGACCGCGUGUACCGCUUCCCGCGGCUGCUGCUGCCCAGCGCGCAGCACAUGUGCCUGUUCGAGCACGUGGACGGCUGCCGCUUCUGUGAGGCGCUGUACGGCCACUACCUGCUGCCCAACGGCACGUUGGCGCACUUUUACCUGGGCGACACAGUGGUAAAGGGCCACCGUGUGGAUUUGACGCCCGCGCCCGCCAUCCCCUUCGCCCCGGCUGAUUGGGUAGCUGACGCUUUCCCGCUCUGCUCCGCACUGGCCGAGUGGGGUGCAAUCACCCCCGGCCGCAUCGCGCAUCCCGUGCCGCACGUCGCUGCUGCUGCCGCGGCUACUGCCUCUGGGGCGGCUGCGGGUGCGGCGUCUGGCGGCGGCGCCGGCACAGGCGAGCUGCUGGCGGCGCUGUGGUGUCCGCUGCCGCUGACGCCGGCGCCUCUGCGGCCCGAGGAACGAACGGCGCUGGAGUGGGGCGAGGCGGAAGACGGCAGCCUGGAGCUGGAGUUGGGGAGUGUGUCGCUGGAGGUACGGUUGAGCGUCGUCACGCGCACCGAGACACGGCUGGAGGUUGUGGCGGCGCCGCCGCCGCCCACGCCCAAGGGGCGGAAAAAGAAACCCGCAACCAAGAAGUAGUUGCGGCGAUCUGGGACGUGUGGGUCUCCGUGUGGGCCCGCGUGUAUUGGUUGAACGUGUGAUGCUGUGUGGGCUCCGCAGGGAUGAAACCAGGGGAGGAUGAAACAACAAGGCGGUGUGAAUCAAUAAAGCUGAGCAGUGACUCUUGAGUGCAUGCAAGUUGAUGCAAGUAAGAAGACGUGAUGGGGGCUGGUUUUGCACCUGGGUGCCCGAUGGGGCACCGUGGGUAGGGAUGGGGCGCAGGCCAGGUUUAUGGCUGGACAAGUAGAGGUUUUGAGGGCAGCGGUUCGGAACAAACGGAAAUAGCUGCUUAUUACGGUAUAUGAAGACCAAGUGAGUUGCUAGAAUCA